GCAGAGGAGUGGCGGAGUGGCGGAGUGGCUGCUCUCGCUUGUCGCCGUUUGUGGUCGCACUGGUGACUGGUGGCACUGGACGCAUAGAUAGAUUGGUUGGCGUUGCAGCAGUCAGCCCCGGCAUUCGCGCGGGGCCCUUCGCGUAGCGGCAGUAGCAGGUAGCCGGCGACGUAGCCGGCCGCCGCAGGCCUGGGUAACCUCCUGACAAGCGUCCGCUGGCAGAACGACGACGGCCGUCGUAGCGGCGGCGACGAGGCCAUGUCGUCGUCGUCGAGCAAGCCGAAGCGCUAUUUCGUCAACGCGCUGCCCGACUACGACGGGGCGCCCAUCCCGCUCGAGCGGGAACUGUGGGUCGAGCGGUGCCGCGACACGGUGCAGCGCGUCUUCACGCACCAGGGCACGGGCUUCGACGACUGCGACGGCGGCCUCUACGUCGGAGUCGCCGGCGUCGCCUUCAUGGCGCACCGCGUGGCGCAGAGUCCGCACUUUGUGGGCGACCGGGCGCGCCUUCUGACCAAGGCGCAGACCUACCUGGGCCACGCGCUCAGCUACUGCGACCAGCCACAGGUGCGCGCCGACCGAGCCAUGCAGUCGGCUUUCCUGCUCGGCAGCGCCGGCGUCUGGGCGCUCGCCGCCGUGGUCGCCAACGAAGUGGGACGACACGACGACUGCGACAACUUCCUCGCAAGGUAUGCAGCCGUGGCGGACAUCUGCAUGCCAGUCAAGUUCCUGGACUGUGGCAGUGACGAGAUGUUUGUUGGUCGGGCCGGUUAUCUCACGGGACUGCUCUAUCUACGCUCCCGGCUGGGACGAGAGGUGCUACCGGACGAGAAGAUUGCACUGCUGCUCCAUUCUGUGGUGCAGUCUGGCAGAGAGUAUGCCAAGAAACAUCGCAGCCCUUGCCCGCUCAUGUAUGCCUACUAUGACGUUGAGUACUUGGGUGCUGCACAUGGCCUGUCAUCAAUACUGAUGACGUUGCUUCACUUCCCGUGGUUUGUUGCGGGGGACCAGACAGUGGAGCGUGACAUCCGGGCCUCAGUCGACUUCCUUCUGCAUGUGCAGACACCGCGAGGCAACUUUCCAUGUGACCUGGAGGAUGUUACCAAGCCGCGCCGUUCGCAGGACGAGCUCAUACAUUGGUGCCAUGGUGCGCCAGGUGUGAUGCAGCUGAUGGCAAAAGCAUACCUGACUUGGCAAGACCCACGCUACCUGGAGUCGUGCCUGCGUUCAGGCCAGAUGAUCUGGGAGCGGGGCCUCCUGCGCAAGGGCCCCGGCAUCUGCCACGGCAUCGGUGGCAGUGGCUACGCCUUCCUGCUGCUCUAUCGACUGACGACUGAGCUGCGCUGGCUUCACCGGGCACGCCAGUUUGCCGAGUUCAUGUUCACCGACGAGUUCAAGCAGGCACGCACACCUGACUGCCCUUACAGCCUGUUCGAAGGGCUGGCUGGCACAGCAUGCUUCUUGGCCGAUCUUCUGGAACCACGCAGCGCCACCUUCCCACUCAUCGAUCCCUUCUAAAGGGUGCAAGGUGCCAUCUGCUAUUUGAUUGGCAGGUGCCGAAGAAGAGGCAGUCGGAAUGGGGAUAGCCAACAAAUACAGCUGGCAAGAUGGCGCACAGGAGGCAAGAAAGGGGUGGGCAUUGACAAAUUAGGUGAGUCAGCAGACUUGAAGGGAAAGGACGAUGAGCGUUGCCUUGCGUUCUUUUGAAUAAUACUAGAUUGUAAUGUACAAGAAAAAGAAAAACACUUGUGCAAAUGUUGAUCAAGUGCUCUGUCCAUUUCACCUGGUUUCUUAGGCGUGCAUGCAACAACAAGAGGUCAUAUAAUAUUACAUUGACUCAAGGCAGCUGUCUUGGAAAACUCUGUGCAGGUUAUGCUGCCUUCUUGUUUACCAACGCAUUCGCUUGUCAUAGCUGCUAAGCAAAAACUGCUCUACUAACAUUGAACAUGUGGCUCUCACAUUGCAUGCGUACUUGUUUUAAAUAUAAUGGUGAUUAAAGUAAUUGCAUUGUGUUGGUUAGCCACAUGCUGCUGCUGUCCCAUCAAAUGCCAGUGAUAUUGUUUUUACAGGCAGCUAUCACUAACAGCAGUACUGACAUCGUUGCAGCAAACUGUCAUUGAUUGGGUGCAAAGAGUACAGUGGUAACAAGGAACUGAACCCUACGAGCUAUUGUAUGAGGAAAGAAAAUAAUUGUUUGAAUUCACGCACUUAUAGUGCUUUUGUUGAGUUUGGCUUUCAGCUUCCUCGCUCUGUUACUCCUGCCCUGGGCUCAUGGGUGUUUUGUAUCCACAUGAUGUUUCUUUCAGCUUCAGUCUUCACUGGGAGUCACUUAGCUUUAUUCCAGCAGCAUAAAGCUGUUGCUCCUUUUAGAACAGCUGGCAUAAACGGGCAGUUUUCUGCAUUCAGCACUGCACUCUCUUGGUGCUUUGCUGCUUCGAAUGCUUUGUUAUUGGAAAAUGCAGAAACACUGUUGUUUUGUGGGACACUCAGAAAGCAGUAGUCUGUUGCUCAGUGUGUUGCAAUGUACAGAAGUUAAUUCUCACACUUUUAGCACAUAGUAUGCAGGGACGAAAGAAGAGUAUUGCUUUUUAAACUACCAUGUAUAGUGAUGUAGACUCGCACUGAAUUUUUGGUAGUACUGCACCAGUAAUAACAUACACACUUCGCGUCUAUUAUAAUUUGCCAUUUCAAGAAUUUAUUUCUAGGCUUGCACAGACAGUCCCCUUCGUAACAUGAAAAUGAAUUAAUGAAAUCAACUGUGAUAUAAACAUUGUUGUACAUUGUUCAUUCAAGUUUCUUUUUUACUGCUCUUUAUAGAUAAAUGAAGCAUGCCGACCUUUCUCGUUUAGUGAGGACACAUGAUAAAUGAUCACAUAAAUGCUGUAAGGGAUUACAUGUUACAUUAGCACUUGCUCUUUAUGCAUUUGUUGCACUAGUUUUAAGUGACAGCCACUUCGUUGACAUGCUGUAUUGAAGACAUGGCCAAGUAGUAUCUAGGUACAUAUUUUUGGCAGGAAGCUGUUUGCUUGUAUAAUAUCUGCAAUUGUUGGUAGAAAACUUGACUAAAACGCGUUCUUGGGCUAGUUGGUGCAUGGUCUGACAAAAAUUUGGAGGCACAUAACGAGGACAAGAAAUGACAGGACUGGUGCCAACUAGCAACUGUUGUUAGUUGGCACCAGUUCUGUCAUUUCUUCUCCUCGUUCCUUUGUGUCUCCAAAUUUUUGUCAGGUAGAAAACUUGUUGGCUGAACGACAGUUUCGUUUUGCUCUACAAAUGCAUUCACAAUGCGAUUUAGACAAUGUUGUGGACAGUUAGUAAUGAGAAUAGGUAUAUUUACAGUAAGCAUUGAAUGCAAAAGAAACUAGCUGUCACGCAAGAUCAUGUGUCAUUUUAGAUUAUGCAGUCAUCCUAACUUGACCUCGUCAUUACAUCAAGGCAAUAUACAGGGUGUUUGACAUAACUAGAACCAAAUAUUUUUUUUUUUUGAAAUGGUUAGCCACAAUGGAAUGAAACCAACAACAUAUGGUUUGCCAUCGUGUAGUGCAUGUUGGCGUAUUUUUAUAUUGAGCUUAGUGGGUUAAUCAACUAAAAUUAAUUAUGAAAAAUUUUUAAUAUUCACUUUAGGGCCAAGUGCGUUUUGUUAGGUUGUAGGGGCCAUUCCAAAAUGACUGAUCCACUUUUUUUCGAUACAACAUACAUUCUGCAUGGCGAUUUUUUUACAGUGUUUCAAGGGGCCCUGCACGGCAUGACCUUGAGCACUUUUUUUUUUUUACUUUUUUCAAACGCAUGGCUUACUUUGAGUGUGAUCGCGAGUUGCUCGAAAACGUGAUCCCUCGAGCCACGCACUACACAAAACAUGGCAAACCAGCGUCUUUAAUUAGUACUACUCCAGUAAUGCAAAGCUUCCUGGGUCCUGUUUUUUGCAUGCUUUGCCGAUUUUUGAUAUUAUAUUAACUCUACAUAUUUAAUCUUGGGCUAUGAUCAGUGCUAUGCAUCCAAAGUGUAAAACUUUCUGCCCCUGUUACCUUCUGUUUUACACCAUUGGUUUGUUUCUGUCAGAAUGGUACGCAUUAUUUCCUAGCUUGUCAAAAAUCGUUUGGGCACACUAUGUCCAUAUGAAUGGGGUACUCCCUAUCAGAUAUAUGUGAAAAGAAAACAGUGUUCAGAUGUGUUUUUGAUCAUUAUUUUUAUUUUACAAUACGGUAGACUCCCGGAACCAGAAGGGACCAGGAAAAUGUGUUCCGUUUAACAGCAUUUCUGUCUACCAAGAUAGGAGCAGGGGGGGCAGAAUUCAAGUAUGAAACCAAUGAUAUUAGAGUCAAUUGUUGCAUUUAAGCAGCAGUUAAAAAUUGCAUGCGUGCACCUUAAAGCAGAAAUUUAUUAAGGUAGUCGCUGGACUGACUACACGUGCUCAUUCGUCAUUGUCAAGCUUCGUGAACUCUGAUGCCCAGGCCUUGCUGGCCUUGAAGUACGUCUUCGGCAUUCCCGUUUCGGAGGCAAAUGCAGGUGCGUGGCAAUUUGUUGGCUCAUCAUGAUAGACAGAUGACGUUCACGUGUGCCGCAACAACUCUCUCCACACAACGCAUGUCGAAUGACCUCAAAACUGGUGUGCACGGCUCUUAUGUGAGUGUCGAUCCUUGAAGGAAGAGCUGCUCUCUUCCAAGCACCAGUGACACUCUUGACGGCAAACAGUGGCAUUGAAAAAGUUGAAAUAUAAAAAUUCAUUCAAGGCAAAUGCGUGGAAUCAUUUUUUGCUACAGGUAAAGCUGGAAGGCAAAUGUAAUGUUGUAACCAUGCCAGAGUGCCCCAAUUUUUUGUUCGAUCCACCGUAAGUGGUGGUGCUACUUUCGAUUUCAAUUGUUAGUCGACCACUCCCUGCCAACUUGAUAUUUCAAACUGGAGUCAAAUGGGUGGAUCCACAAUUGUGUAAAUGGCCAAGCCAUGGGGACAGAAAACCAUGCAAUAUCAACACAUGCACUAUUUGGAAAUGCUUAAUUCGCAUUCUGGAGUUGGUAUUUCUCAUCGGGAGUUGGUAUUUCUCAUCGCUGAUUUUCCUCUGUAAUCAUGAACAGCAUUGUUUUUGAUGGGCUGUCGCUUUAUUCAUUUAAGCACAGAAUUAGAAACUUCUUGAAUGUCUUCGUGAUGCAUGUUGUAUAUAUCAUGAGUGUAAAUUUGGCCAAAGGGUGCUUGGAUAAUACAGGCUCGGAUUUACGAAACUGAAGUAAACAAAGAAGGCGUUGGACUUGGUCCAGUAAGGAGACUAAGGAGACUUAAAGUGGUAAGUUGCACAAGUUGGUACACGUUCACAAAGACAAGGGUUGGGUUGAAAGGAAAACAGGGCAAGCACUUGUUCUUCAUCACUUGGUAAUGCUUGUUGACUAAGCCUUUUUUUCCCUUGCAAUUUCUUUCUCAAAAAAUACAAGGGACAUGCCUGUGCUACUUAUGACACGGAUGUUCAUUGUGAACUGCGUAGCACGAGAGAUCUACAUGAAAACAUGAAACUCUGUGCUCCAUUGUCAGCAUGGUUUACCUGUUAGUCUCGUGCGCUCACUUCAAAGUUUUUUCACGAAUGCAGCCGCGAUGAUGUGAGGGGAUGUCUCAGUGUUUCCACUCCAGUAAAACUCCCUGCUUCCAUCUGCCCCUCAACUUCUGUCAUGCCAGAGGAGACAAGGAGAGACUUGGCUGAUUUUGUGGUGAGCUACAAGGUAGUCUUUACAGACACAGUGGCCAUCGUCCAGCCAACUUUGCCAGCAUGCUUUGGAGGUCUUUUUUGCCAGCAACUCCAGGAACUGCUUGUGUGGACUGGAUGCAGCUGCCCUUGUGCUCUAGUGCCUGCCUCAGCUAUUGCAUUAGUGAGCAUGUUCAAGUGAGCAGCCAUGCUUAAUGGGCGCUGCUUUUGCCCUUGCUUGCUUCACUGUCGGUUAAAGCGGGAUGUAGCUGGCACUUUGCCAAUUCACUUUGUUCGGCUGCAUCAUGUUGAAGUCCAGUAGCAUGAGAGCAGGCUUUUCGCGCAUGUGGAAGAAUGAUUGAAACCUGGUGGCUGGAGUAGUGCUCCACGAAGGUCAUCACACCCAAAGCUGUAGUACCUUCAAAUGCAUUGUACUUGGUCGAUUCUCUAGGUUGUGAGCUUGCUUUUCAUUGAGCCCUGGCAUAAGACAGAUGGGCAAAACAAAGCAAAGGUUAGUGACUCCUGUGUGGCCCUGUCUGCAGCAGUUUAUGGCUGAAAACAUCCAGGCUGCUGAAGAGAGCCGAUGUUUCGUUAGCACUUGUAAUCUGCACAAAGGACAUCUACUAUGCUACCUGCAUAUUUCUGUGCAAAAGUGUAUUUUGUUUUUGACAAAGUCAGUUUCAAAUUGACUGCAGAAUCUUGUUGUACUUAUGUCACAGCAGCAGCUUUUCAAUACUAUUUCCCAUUGCAAAGCUUACCCCACUGCUUUGUUUUCCAAACUGGAGUCUGAUGGAUUCUUCUGAUCUGCAUGUAGUCUUCGAUGUUAUGGAGGCCAUCGUUGACAAAGAGUGCAUAAGCUGGAAAAAUUAUCAUUUUGCUCAAUUGCUAACCCGAAAAACACUGGUUCGAUCCCAGCCGUGGCGGUCGCAUUUUGGAGGCGAAGUGCUAGAGGCCCUAGUGCUGUGCAAUUUUGCAUAUUAAAGAAAGUCGGGUGGUCAAAACUAUCCGAAGCCCUCCACUACAGCAUCUCUCAUAGCUCGAGUCGCUUUGGGACAUUAAACUCCACCAUUCAACCAAUCUGAUCAUUUUUGUACACAGCAUUUAGAUUAACGAUGACAAAUUUGAAAAAUGCUGUCGUAUUUCUAGAUUUAUGGAACCGGUGGACUCCACUGUGGCGUCUGUUUCACUGUGUCUCUAAGAAAGCACGAGUGGUUGGGUGUGACUUACAAAGUGGCUGAAGCGAGGAACAGAAGUGUAGUCCAUCUCAUGACCAAAUUCUCCAUGUAAACUUGCACCCGUCCAUAAGUACAAUUACACCCACUUAUGGCUAUGCUGUUCCUUUUGGCCAUUUAUGUCAAGCAUCACUGAUUUCUGAAACCACACAGUAAUAAUGUAUUUCGUGACCGUUUCCUUGCACAAAAACUUAUACAAAGCAAUGAAAGCGUGCCUUUCAGGUGCAGACACAGUCAAAUUGCACCGCAUCAUAACAUCACAAACUCAACAGACGUCAUUGGAGGCCCGGGUUUUGUCCUUUCUCUAACUUGCUUGUGACAGGGUCAACCUAUUUGGCCUUGCUUGAAUGUGUUUGCCAUCUCCUGGCAAUCACGUUUGCAGAGUUGAUGUAGCCUUUGUUCUUACAUGCAGCGGGGAGACAAAAAUAUUUGGCAGGAAUCAUGAGAAUGGCUGCGAAAAGUCAAGAGGUGGAUUGCCAGUAUAGCUGAUGAGAAUUGCUGCUGUGGACGUUGCAACGUCUUCUGCACCGAACUGCAUCAAGAGUUGUUCUGAAACCCUUGUAAAGACAUGCUUUGGACGCUGGUACUGGGGUAUACACUAGAUCACACUCUGUGGAAGCGGGUCAGUUUAUUCGGCCAGGCCACUCAAAUGGAGAAAGCAAGCAGUGCUUUGAUAGAAUUCUUGCAGGGAAAUGUUUUGGAAAGCUGCGGUCGAUUUUGGCCAUACACAACUCUGCUGUCUGUUGUUGCUCUCUCCUCUGAAUGUUGUGUAACGCACCAAGGCACUGUCGUAAAAUGCACUGUUUCUCUUUGUGCGUCUCGUAAACAGCACAUGCACUUUUAACAGCAGACAUAUCCAAGUCUCGCUUUGUGAAUGCUCAAGAAGGGGAAAAAAGAUUAUGUCGUGUGUGUGGACGUUGUCUCGUGUUGAUGUGUAGCGUGGUUGGUUGCACUGGUGAUCUGGCUACUAGCGAAUUUACCUUUUUUUUUUCUUCCUUCGGCAGCCUCUUGGUUAGAUUUGGUGUUGAGAGCGUCCUGAGUGCCUCUGGAUGUAAUUUUUUACUGUGCUUUUGCAGAGAUGAACUAUAGUGAAUAUACAGUACUGAUGAUAGACGUAUGACCCAUGCCUUUGUAAUGCUAGCUUCCAAAAUACCAUGACAUUGCUGCGAGGUAAACACCUUGUGACCACAAACACCAGUUCAUACCACUUUUUCUUCUUUGUGUGUUGCACGUAGAGUCUUGCUUUCCUGCAUAUCUUACCUGAUCAGGAUGCUUUACUUUAUGCCAGAAUUCUGUACCUGUCUGGUGAAAAAUUAAUAAGCACCUGUGUGGAGUUUCUUGUAAUAUACUUAUUACUAGAGAAAAAUAUGCAGUCAUCCUCAGUUUUCAAAUCUGCAAUGUGCUAAAAUUGGAAUGCCAGGACGUGACACUGGUCUUGUGCUUCUGUUGGCUUGAAACAUUGAUUCUCGCAUGAAUAUGGCUUUUCCUGAAUGAAAUCAUCAUUGCCAGCUUGCAGUGUAUCCUGUCCCUCUCGAAAGUAAAACCAGACAAUCAAAAACUACUGCACACCUUUUCUAACUAGUACAGUGUAGUAUUCGUGGUGUAGAUUCCACUAUCAGAGCUUUCUUCAUUAUAUGUCUGGAGUUAAUGACAGCUGGAGGCCCUUUGGCCACUUGUUGCCAGACUGGCAUGGAAAAGUGAAGCGGUGUGCACUUUUCAGCUCUUUCAUCAGCCGUGCUACACACAACGGAUCAAAACAAAAUUGCACACAAACCUGGCAGUGCUCAACAAGCUCGCGUAGGACACUUAGAGAGGUGACCGCGUGACAGCAUCCCUGCAUGCUCGCCUCCUCAUUGCAAUCCGUGGUGGGCACUGCUCCUGAAUGCAUGGCACAGUUCUAGUGCUUUGUACUUACAAGUGGCAGGCCCGUUUUGUUUUUAGAUAAAGGCAUUACCUAACACCUUUUCCCAUAGUGUAUACAAAGAAGUUUUGUAGAAUACUAUAAGAUAUUUCCCAUUCGACACACUCUUUUAAUGCAGCAUGAACUAUUGCAACAGUCUGAACAGUGCUCACCUUCUUGGCUCACAGGAAGGGUCCCCGUGUAUCCAAAAAAAAAAAAAACAACAGGAAGUGGAAGAUGGAAGCUUGCGAUGAAAAAAUCCGUAAACAGGGGGUGGGUGCUCGAGCCGACGUUUCGACAAGUGGACUUUUCUUCAAGGCUGUCAGUCAAAUCAGUUCCAGCCUUGAAGAAGACAAGUCCACUUGUCGAAACGUCGGCUCGAGCACCCACCCACUGUUUACGGAUUUUUUCAUCCCCAUGUGUAGUGUGCCAGAAUAUGCUGGUUGUCAAAAUGCCACCGCUCUCUGCAUUGUUUCAAAUGCCUCAAGGUGGUGCUUGCACGCCAUUGCAGUGUACUGGUAACAUUUUCACAAAGGAAGGCACAAGGCUUCUAUUUCUUAGUUUCAAUGGCAAUUAUGUGGACUUGGAGUAAUUGUAAAUCAAACUUGCUGAAUUAGAUUGGCGUUAAAGGAGUAAGCGAGAAAGCACUGCACGGGCUCGGGCCUACCUGAAAACUGGGGCUGGGCUCAGUAAAGCAGUUUUCACGGCAGAGCCUGGGCCGGGCUUGGGCCUGAAGCUCCGGGCUUGGGGUCGGGACCAGGUCUGAGGUGGCGGGCUCGGGUUGGGCCGGGCUUGGACUUUGCUCAGUUCUUAAAGGGACACUAAAGUGAAACAAUGAAUAAAGUGUACACUGAAAUGUCAUUCCCCAUGAUAAGUUUAUUAAUAGAGAAGAAAAUCAAGGUGAAAGUGCCAUUUUUAAAUUUCGCGUUGAAAUCUCCGCUCGUGUCAUCACGAAUUUCAAACUGUAUUUGUCGUAUUUUGUAGACAUUGGCUCAACAAUUUCCUGAAACUUGGUAUUAAGUCUAUAGCCUCCUCAGAGGUCAGUGUACUGCAUAUUUAUCGACUAGGAACUACGUAGGCCCCAGUAAACGCAGUCAGAAUUUAUGACGUCAGGGCACUGGCUGCACGAAUUUAGUGGUGGCAUCGCCAGCUACAUUUUCUUUUUGCACGUUUUCUCGCUUACCAAGAGUCUUGACGCGGCGAGCGUGGUGAUUUUGGAAUUGUGAAAGAGUAGUUUACUGAUAACAGAAAAAGCGUUUUUCUCUUUAGUGUCCCUUUAGGUUUGUCCCACAAACAUUGUGCAUACAUAUAUGUUGCACAUUUUAUCUUGAAAAAAAUGCUCUUUUAAUGUGGGGCAAGCUAUUUGGAGAAGUUUUGAGGGUCAAGUACUGAACUUCUUUUGCUUCAUGCAUAUGGGGAACGGGUGAGCUAAAAGUAAAGAGACCAGGCGCUUAUAUAGUUUACAUCUCGCUGUUCUGUGCAUUAUUUGCGUUCAUUAUUAUUUCAAAUCCCAAAUGUUAUUCUUUAAUAGCAGUAAUAAAUAUAAUAAAUUUAUACCUAUAACUUGUCAUCAGAAGAGCGAUCACAGAGCUCCAAAGCGGGGAAACAUUCUUGAAAGUUCAAGCCUUCCACUUAAUUAAAAGGACUGCGCGGAAUCUCGUUACACAGAAUCCUUAUAAAAACACAUUAUUUUUCUGUGGUUCCAUCACGGCUGCCAGUGGUCACGUGACGCGAGAUGGACAUGCACAGCCUGUUUUGUGUGCCCACAUUGUUAACACCUGAGCUUUCGUCUUGUUCCGUUAUAUCAGGGGUCUCAAACUCGCCCCAUCUAAUGGGCCGCAUUCACUCCUGCAGUGGCCAGGACAGUGACGAAGGUAGGAGCGCAGAGGGGAAUAAGUUGUACAGAAUGUCAGCUAAAGUUGCCAUUUGAAAGAAGACCUUACCCAUAUCUCAUGUAUGAGUCAUUUUUGAAGGGGACUUGGAGGCAGGAUUCCAACAACAUAUUGAUACUUAUGUCAAAAAUGACUAAAAUCUGGAUUCUGACAUAUAGUUUUGUUUCACGGUUAUGUAUCAACACAAGGUGGCCACGGGGGGUGCUCCACGAAAAAAAUGUUUCAGACCAGUCAUGCCUGUGUAGCUCAAGAACAUACUAAUAAAGAAAAUAAAAAAAGGGACGAAGACAGUCAUGUGCGGGCCGUGUGUUUGAGACCCCUGCACUAUAUUGUGCGAGAGCUACACGAUACUGCCGCAGCAGCGUUGGAAUGUACAGGAAUAGCAUAGGUUCAUUGAACAUGGUGUGGGGCAGAAAUUCGCUGGACGAAAUAUCUGGCUUAAGAAAAGACAAUUACGAAUUCUGUACUGGGUGAUGUCCCCUUACCUCAAACCAUAUGCAUCCAAUGAUUAAGCACCGAGGAACGUAUUCGUGCAUUACCAAACUGGAACAAACCCUGAAAAUAGAAUGAAAUCACUGCGUCCACCUCUUGCCAGUCCUACCCGCAUAGUCCAACACUGCCUUCUGCCGGUACAUCAUCAUUUGGAAGGCAUACACAAUCACAGUAUGGAAGAAAAAAGCGUGGUACAAGCCGUUCAUAGCAUACACUGCUGAAAACUGCACGGAGAAGGCCUCAAGGCUCGGAGUUUUAUAGAUAUUGAAGAGUGGCACGAUGUUUGGGAGCGAGAGAAAUGAAGGGAUUAGCUGGACAGCUAUGUUCAUGCUGCAGAGGUCUACAAAGACAUCCUAAACUUGCUCCAGUGGUGUAAGUUAAGAACGACUGCCCACACCUGCACAAUCGCAAGACAUGUGCGACCCCUGCGGCUAGCGCAAGCAGUGCAAGAAACUUAAGCGCAGCAGGCUAUGUGACACAAUAGUACAUGACAUGCCUAAAGCCAGAAUCUCUUAAUAAUUUUAUUUUUUGCACAAUAACAUCUAAAGAAAUAAACUAUAAACUAUUCGGCAAAAAACUUAUAGACUGUAUAUAGUAUCAGUGGUGUGACAUAUGAAAAGAAUGCUGUGACAGUCUUUUUUUCUUCCUUUCGGUUGUUUAUACAUAUUUUGAAAAGGUACACAUGGUGCACGUGGUUCCAUAUUUUUAUCUAGGUCAGUGUAUUUACAACGAAGGCAAUAAUUUUGGCCUUUUCCCUCUAUUUCUCUUGAUAUGGCAAGGUGCAUUAUACUAUGCUGAAGACAGGUGCCACAUAUCCAGAGAGGUGCAUGAUUGGCUUUGUCUUAGAGCAUGCUUUAAAUUUCAAUAGAGUUCAAUAAAAACAAAGUGAAGGGAGCAUUCUGUUCUCUGUCUCCUCUGUCUCCUCUGUUUUUAUUGCGCUCCCUAUCAAAACUGAACUCAUGCUGCAAACCACUUUCCUUGCUACAAUAUGUGCUACAAGAUGCUGUCGAUGAUUCCUGUUGUACUUGCAGAAAAAAUAGGUGCAGUAUACCACUGCCGAACAAACGUUCAUUGUACCCAGUAUGUCCGCCCAACUAUUUGUACCAUGAGCCCCUUUUGCAGGAAAUUACCAUAGGUUAAACCAUAAUUGUUUUUGAAGCAUGCGCCAACAGAGCAUAGAUAUAUGCCACUUAAAACACCUUGCUGCCGAUUCCAUGUUUGGGCAACACCACCUAGAUUAUUGGCGUGGGCUCCAGUGGGGCCCGAUCUGCGGCCGGGCCAGGCUGGGUAGGUGAAACAUUUUCUCGGGUUUGGGUCGGGUGCGGGUCUCGCUUUGAGUCACCGGGCCGGGUUCAGGCGGGUAAACUUAAAUGAAUUCCAGGCCUGGGCUGGUCCUAGGCCGAGAGUCAUGGCCCGUGCAGUGCUCUACCGAAAAUACAUUGCUACAUAGUGAGCCUAAACUACUGCCUGGAAGAAAAGAGUACGGCACCAUGAUGCUUCAGUCUCAUGAAGUGACUUAUCGUCUUUGUGGUAUUUUUUUGAGGAAGCAUAUUUCUCGCGCUUCAUCUUGAAGCGGUUUUCUUUGGUUUGUAGUACUAGCCUCUCAUUGCUCUGAAAGAAGUCUGGCCUUUCUCUUUUUCAGUAGGAUCCAUGAAGAGUGGUAAGCGCAACUAGACAGGGACGAAAAAAGAAAACAGACAAGGACACUUGUCUGGAAGAAAACAGACAAGCGCUGUGUUCUUGUCUGUUUUCUUCUUCGUCCCUGCCUAGUCACGCUUACCACUCUUCAUGGAUUCAAACCAACUAGCCCGCCAACGUGUUUCAGUAGGAUGUUCGACAUCUUCAAGAAGCUUCUCAAUUCCCGUAUGCUUGUCUCUAUUUGGGUCAAGUAGUGCUGUGAGCAUGCCUGCUGCUGCGUUCACUGUAGACCUGGAUAGCCCAUGAAAAUCCAAACAGCAAAUAGCACCAGGAUAAGGAACCAUCCAAGUGUUGAAUGCACAUUGCACCCAGAUGACUGCCUUAUGAUCCCAAAAAUAGCAUUCCACGCAAUCACGGUUAAGUUUCUAAGUCUUGACAUUAUGUGGUGUGUGAUGCACUGGAGCAAUAAUGGCUCUUAUGCCAACUGCAUUUAAUCCAGGUGCAAAGGUUGAGUAGCUGAUUCAUGGCAGGAAAUGUGUUGUACUGGUGGGUCGUGAUUGUAAUUACGAGCCUCUUUUGCCCUAUUUUGUGCAAGCGAUUCCAUUUGGUAAUCUUGUCACUCCAUCUCUGCUGCAUUCCACUGACUGUCUGCGUUAUGUGGCUGGCCAACUAGAAUAUCGACUUGUCUGAACUAAUCUGUUAAUGCUACACCUCCGUACCAUUUCUCAAAGUUUCAGGCCCACAUGCUAGAACUGGAAAUGUGUAGUGACUGUAUACUUUUCACUUCAGGGCCAGCAGCAGACUACCUGGCAUAAUUUCGGAAUGACUGUGCUCCUGCCCAUCCUUGUCCGUCAUAUGUUAGCCCAAACAAAGAUGCAAUGCCUAUUGAAUUUUUCCCUACAUGUGACAUGUGACUACAUGUGACUAAGGCCUAGCUAACCUUUACUGGGGUAACUCUCACAGUGCCACUCAACACAUAACCACUUUGUACCUUCCAUAAAAUCAUUGCGUUCAGAGUGAGAUUUACUGCAACCUGGUUGGGAUAGGUUCCAGUUGCCUAAUGUACCCUUAAAUUUGUGCCACCUAGAUUGCAGUUUUUUUUCCCCCUCAAUAUAUGUAGCCAGGCCUUCAUAUAAUAAACAUGGAUAUCGUGAAGUAAAUCUAAACUUGAUUAUUUUUUCUAUGUGAUAAGCAAAGGAAUUUGGCAUAAUGAAGGUAUUUUUCUGCUUAAUGAAACAUCAUAAUGAGGUUUAAGGAUGUAACAUUCCUUUAAAAGGACGCAGCUAUAACAGUUGAUGCCUAGCUAGGAAAUGUAAAAACUAAAAGGCUGUAUGUAAAUGCAUCUUAUGGAAACCUGUAUGAUGCAGCGUUUUUACUAGUGCAAGGCAGAAAAAUGAGUGCGAUCCCAGCUGCGGAAGUCACAUUUCAGUGGAGAGAAAAUGCUAGAGGCGUUAUAUUUAAGUGUACGUUGAGGAGCCCCAGGUGGCUGAAAUUUCCGCAGCCCUCCGCUAUACUGCGCGUCAUAUAAUCAUGUUGCGGUUUUGGCAUGUAAAACCCCAGGAAUGAUUAUUAGUAGAAAGUAGACAAAGGCAAGGCUCAUACGUACUGUCAUCAUUUGUCUUCUAUGAAACACAAGUGCUCGCUUGUGGUGGCUCUAUUGGAGGCAUACGUUUGCUCUUGGGUUGAGCCAUCAGCAGGCACCUAUCAGUUGUGGGACGUACGCAAACAAAAAUGAUUUGAUCAUUGUAUUGGGAUCAAAAUGUGCCAUUUUGUUUAUGCACGGUUGAUUCCUGCAAUGCACUGCAUGUCUCAACCAAAAGCAGUUGCUAAUAAGAGAUAGUAAUUAUGCAUACAAAGAGGAGGGGAUCAUUCCUGUCUUUAAGGUUAUUCAGUCUCAUUUGGAUUGGAUGGUGACAAAAGUUUUGAGAGCACAGAAUUGGAACAAAGAGAACAGAACUUUAUUCCAGACUGUGCAUCCUCCCAGAAAUUGAAAUGCGCAUCACUCAAUCGUUUGCAUAAAUUCCUGUCUUGAAAUUGCUCAGAGUAUUUUUAUUUUAUAAGUCCAUGCUCUAAAAUGUUCUGCAGUUUACUCUACAUUUUCUGAGAUGGUGCUAAUUGAAUUCUCAAGGCCCUGAAUUCAGGAAUGAGAUUGUCUAGUUCCUUCAGCACUGAAACUAUUCAUGUGUGCAGAGAAUAUGUCUCAUGCUCUCAUUUUUUUUUUAUUCUCUGAAGCCACAGGCUGAGCGCUUAAAGUGUGAAGAAAUAUACAAAGUAUGUUAUUGCCGCUUUGUUUGUACAAUGGCCCCAUCCACAUGAGCUUGACCUCAACUGCACUGUUGCACAGUGUCCUCCUUCUGUUUGACCACAUCUCGCUGAGAAAGCCGCCACUGUAGUGCCCAGUAUGCGAUACGUGUUGUGCAGCUGUUUGUUGUUCUCCGGCUGUGCCCUCCAAGGCCUCACGCAACCCUUCAAAGUUACACGUUGCCUCCUCAAAUACUAGUGUUACAAUCAUGUUACCCCUUACACCCACUUUUAUUUACAGACAUAUAUUGUGGAUUAUAUUUUACGGACAAAGAAAUUUUGUAUAUCUGUAGUACAAAGUGCAUGUCACAUUGUAUCGUUAUUGUAGAUAAAAGAACUUUUAACUCGUCAUUUGCAACACAAAAUGCAUAGCACACGAAAUUCUAUUUUGAUCUCUCCAGUGGAGCAACCCUUGUGCUGUCUAUUGCUGUGAUGCGUUAAUUGGACUCAACUUGGGUGGAAGAAGCGGUAGUUGAAACACGAUAAGUGUGCGGGAAGCUGGAACAUGUGGGUAGCAGAAAAAUGCCCAGCUGUGCAGGCUUGACAUCAUCCAGUUUUGCGACAGAGGUGUUGCAAGUUUGGCUGUCUAGGGCUAGAACUGCUGAGCCAUAUUGCCAGCCUAAGCACUUCAAACAUGAACAAGCACAAUUAUAUAGUGGUACAUAAUGACACAUCUACUCCAAGGUUGAACGUCCAGGCCGACACUACAAGCUGAAGUGUCUGAAACUCUGGUAGUUGUACAAGUGGCCAGACCAUGGAGAAAUUUCAGGAGGAGAAACUGCUCGGCCGCCGCAGCGCGCGUGGGCGGUGCGAUAGCGUCACCCUCGUACGCUAAGACAGUGGUUAUCUCCGUAACUAAUCACUUAUGACUGAACAGUAAUGUGCCGCUGGACGCAUGCGCUGCUAGAAGCUCUGAUAUGUUUCCCAUCCCCGGGUUUUCCGUUUCAGUGUAUGUUUGCGCGUUUUUACAAUAAACCAGCAGUUGGCAGUCAGCGCUAGUCCUGUGUACAUUGUUGUCCGUGUCUACUUCGCGCUGUUUUUAACUGUGGAUACGUACCAACUGGCUCGCAUUCACUCGCUUUUAUUAGGACGCCCGAGCGAGCGCAGUUUCGCCUCCUCAAGAAUUCUUGCUCCAUGUGCCAGACCAAGCUGAUGUUCAGUCAUUGAGCUGCUGCUGCUAAUGGCCCAUGCACAGUGGCUUGCAUGGAGUGCCCUGCAGCAGUAACUGUAGCUGCAUCAGAAUGCCGAUCGAACUUCUUCGUGCUCAUAGCUUGUUGUGUUUCAACUCAUUGUGACAUUAAAACGCACAAGUUAACUGAUUAGUGUGGGCUUCUGUGUAGCUGGCCUUCAAUCACAGUGGCUCCUUCAGAGCAUAAAGGGAUGUAUUACACAAAUCUGCAUUUGCACUGUUUUUUAUUUAUGAAUGCCGCGGAGGCCGCAUUUUCGAUGAAGGCGACAAUGCUUGAUGCCCGUGUACUUAGAUUUAGGUGCAUGGUAUUAAAGAACCCCAGGUGGUCGAAAUUUCCGGAGCCCUCCACUACGGCGUCCCACAUAAUCAUAUAUCGUGGUUUUGGGACGUUAAACCCCAACAAUUUUAUUAUCUUAUGAAUGCCCCCAAUUUUCAUCAUUGCGCGGAAAAGUGUCACGCAUUGCCUUGUUCCAUAAAAUGUACCAUCAUUUCUCAACCAUUUUAUGUAUCCCAUCGCACUGAUCAUCAUCACAAAGUCUGAUUCGCUUCAUGUUAUACAAUGCAUUUUUAUCAAUCAUUUCUACCACAAACCUCACGCAGUUCGAUUAGGCUUCUCGCGGACGUUGUGACGGUUUAAUUAUUAUGAGCAGUUCCUUAAUGCAAUAGCUAAUAUUAUAUACUCAGGCUCUUUCUAACUUAGUGUAUGUUUCUAUUGUACUUACAAUUUUGUUCCUUUAAUUUUUCUUGUUUGUGCUUUUACCACGCCCCCUCUGUAAUGGCUCUCGUCCUGAGGGGUAUAAUAAAAUGAAAUGAAGUGAAUUUCAUUUAUGUGGUAGUACCUAUCGAAUUUUCGGAAACUUAUACUAUGUGCGAUGCUCAACCACUAUCUCUGCCCCCUUUUUGUUUGGUCUAUAAUGUUUGACAUUGUUAGUUGUUGUGUUCAUGUUCACACUUUGAUGAUGCUUCGCAAUCUAUAUCGCAUACUGACUUGCUUUAGGGGGCACUCGAUUUUAAUAGCUGUUUUUGCCGUUGACAGUGUUGGUUUUGGACGUUGUUUCUUGUCACAUCUGUUGCAAGCUCGUGCUUCAUGGUUUAUAUUCUCUAAUGUAGUGUGGACAAUCUCUUAUUCAGUUUCCACACCACGUGACUCAAUGGAAGAUGUUCGUAUGAAGUAAUAGAGGAUAUUCGUAAUGCCUGGUGCUUCGGCAACACUAAGCGCAUCCGUCUUUUUUGCUGGGCGCAGUCGCGGAAUCGUCUGCUAGUGGCUCCAUAAGGGCUAGGGAGCCUACGUGAACUGCCGCUCAUGUAGGCUCCCUAUAAGGGCAGGCCACGAGAGGCUGAGCAGCACUCGUUGGCAGAUCUUUCGGACCAAGCAAAUGCGGCCGUUUCUUUCGUCAUUCAGCGUCGAACGGUCCGCGGACCUCACUGUGCGGCCACAAAUCGACGAAAACAUAAUAUCAUAGCUCUGCGCGCUUAAAACCUCAUCCGGAUGGCAGUUGCAAUUGAGGCGUACCGCUUCGCAAUGCCAAACUGCUGUUCUCUAGGAGCGUGCGCUUCCAAUCUAAGGUAGGCGUGCAAGAAAACUGUUCGUUGCAGAGCAGAUGUCACUUUCAAACUUCUAAAUUAUAAGCGAAUCCCGGCCGCGGCGGCUGCAUUUCCGAUGGAGGCGAAAAUGUUUGAGGCCUGUGUACUUAGAUUUAGGUGCACGUUAAAGAACCCCAGGUGGUCGAAAUUUCCGGAGUCCUCCACUACGGCGUCUCUCAUAAUCACAUCGUGGUUUUGGGACGUUAAACCCCAGAUAUUAUUAUUAUUCUAAAUUAUAAGCUUUCACUGCAAUACGUCUCCAUUGUAUUUCCCCACGCGCCAUAAACACUCGUCAGGUAUCGAUACUACGUUGUUUGUGCGCGACCUGUGCAACUCUGUGCUGCUUUCCUCAGCUCAUUUCUCUAGCCACACCCUUCGCAAUGGGUUGUGUCAUCUUUUUUGAAAGAAACAAUGCACGAGCGGUAAACCAAACUAAUUGCACGUUUCACAAAGAGAGCGGCACGAGUACGUAAGUGACGUAUUCGGGCCACUCUCUUUGUAUAGAGUUGGGUUCGUACAGGUCCUUGAAAACCCUUGAAAUUGAAAAGUACAUUCUUAAGGCCUUGAAGGUCCUGGAAUUGUAGUCUGUCCUUGAAAACUCUUGAAUUUCGGGACCAAUGUAGUCUAAAGCCCACAAUGCGACCUGCUUUCUGCUGCAAAUUAGCGUCGAUGCGGUAAAAUUUCCAUUUCAGAAACAAUACAUCGUGCAAAAUUGCAUGUAUUCUGUUUGUUCAGUCCUUGUCUUAGCGUUCAUUUCACUCCUCACCCGUCAGUGAAUCUUGUCUCGCUUUCCUCCUCUCUCUCUUUACUUAUCUCCUUGCGACUUCACUCUUGUCUCCUGCAUUUAUGCUGCUUUUAGGGGCGAAGCUCCUUAUGCCGUGGGUCUGUCCGUCCUCCGUUUGUAGCGUUGUAGUAGCCACCUCUAGCUCGUGAGAAGCGCACGUUCUGGUAUGCAGUAGAAGGAGAAGACGACGUUGACGAGUGGGCUCUCGUGCGUGUUCGCCUGUGUGGCAUCCUUUCUUCUUUACUGCGCGCGUUCUGGUAUGCAGUAGAAGAAGACGACGACGUUGACGAGUGACACUCUUGGCACGCUUUCUCUGUAGCUCGGAGUCGCCAGAUGGAAGAAAAGGCUGCGGAAUGGAGGGCAUGGCAGGCGGCGGCAGCGCGCGCUCGCAGACAGAAUCCUGAGGUGAGAGCCCGCGAGGCCGAAGCUGCACGUCGACGCCGCGAAGCAGAUUCCGCCGUUCGAGCCCGCGAAUCCGAAGCUACUCGACAAGCUGCACGUCGACGCCGCGAAGCAGAUUCCGCCGUUCGAGCCCGCGAAUCCGAAGCUGCUCGACAAGCUGCACGGCUGUGGCGAGAAGACCCCGCCGUUCGAGCCCGCGAGGCCGAAGCUGCUCGACAAGCUGCACGUCUGCGGCGUGAAGACCCCGCCGUUCGAGCCCGCGAGGCCGAAGCUGCACGGCUGCGGCGCGAAUCGGAUCUUCAAAAUGUGAAGGACCGUGAAGCGGCGAGAAAGCGCGCGUACCGGCAGGCAGAGCCCGAGGCUGUGCGAGCACGUGAAGUGGCUGCAAAACGCAUCAGGCGGGCUCUGCCCGAAGGCGCCGACGCGCGCUUCCAGCGGGACUUUUUUGAUAACAGUUUCGGCCAUAGUUGCAGUGUGUGCAACAGAUUGUGGUUCUCAAACAAUCUAGUCACAAUAUCUUCCAUCAAGAAGGACCACGCUCGCGCCAAUGCCAUCGCCGUGCUGCAGCGCGAGUUCGCUUCGCCCCACUCAUCAUUCACCACGUGGAUAUGCUGUGUUUUUUUUCUCUGUCAAGCGAGCGGUGCAUGUGGUUAAUACUACACGCGAUUUAACACAGCAAUUUGAGCUUGGUGAUGACUUCGUUAAAUCAAGUUUCAACUGAAUGUGUGUAAGUGCGACAAAUUUAGUCGGAAUUUGAAGCAUUGCUAUAUCUUCAUUUGGAUGCCAUUUUCUAGUCCUUGAAAAACGUGUGACAGGCCCUUGAAGUUCCUUGAAUAUCCUUGAAUUUUCUCCUUUGAAACCUGUACGGACCCUGAAAUGCUCUUUUACAGCACGCCGGUCGUUUAUGAUGCGUGUGGUCGUAAUCUAUCGCGCUGUUUUAGUAUUGUCCUUCUUUUCUUGAACGCUAUACGUGUCGUUCAUUGGUAAAUCUUCUUAAAGUAUUGCGCUCUUUGCUUUCGCAUUCCACGGCGGCAUUGCAUUACCGUACGCUAUAUUGAGCAGCAUACGAGGGCCCGCGAUCAGCGGAAAGAUGAGUGCAAUGAUGAUGAUGAUGAUAUGUGGCUAAUUCCCCUUUGUACCGGGUGGACCCUUUAUUGGCAUCGUAGCCUAAUAAACUAAAUAAUAAAUAAAUAAUUAAAAAAUAUAAAAAUAAUGAAUAAUCAAAAUAAUAAAUAAAUAAAUAAUAAUAAAUAAAUGUACAUCUACCGAACAAACAGCUCCAUCUACUGUAUGGGCCCCGUAACUCUUUGCUCCAACGUGUUUGCAGCGCACGUUGACUGAAGAAACCAAAAAAAAAAAAAAAAAGAGGGGAGGGGUAAGGGGGUGUAAAACGAAGGGCAGACGCGGCAUGGCCAGGGGGCGCUGCAGCGCCUCUCUGAAAAGCGCCCCCUUUUUCAGAAAUUUCAGUAUGCAGUCGCGCACGGCGCUCUUUUGUCUCGCUGCACGCGCCGCCUGCGCGGUGUGUCCGCGCACGUGCUCUCUCUUUCCCUCUCUCUGCUCGCGCUACGCGUGGGCUCUCCAAGUCGUCUGCGCGCGCGUUCUCUCCUCGCGCCGUGCUGAACGGCAGCGCGCGUGCUCCUGCUUGAGGCGUUCAUGUGAGUGUGCUUGCGCACUAACAUCGCGCGGCUCUCGCAUUAUAUUAUUGCGAUAGCAAUUAUAUGGACAGUCUCGGCUGGAUUUUGCCGUCGCCGUCGCCGCCGUCAUGCACCGUAUAUGUAUAAUUCAGCAGAACAGACUGUUGGGCUAGUUGGUUAUCCAUGAACUCUGAAAGAAUAAGCGCUAAAAUUGACGAGCACACAAAGAGGAGAACAGACAAAGGACUGGCGCUACUUCCAAAAGGCACCUUUCUCUGUUUUCCUGAGACGUCUUAGCUGAUAGGUCUCGGUUGAUGCCAAUCAGAUCCUGGGCAGGAACAUUUGUGGGGACAGCAAACUUCGGUCCUUUUUCCAGCAGGCUUGUUACGUCCACAGGAAGCUGUACACUUCCAAGCACUUCGACAGGCCUGCAGCUUCUUGGAACUUUCUUAUUCGAAUGCCUUCGUAAGACGCUCAGAACACUUAGCCAUCUUGACUCAGUUAAUCGUGCCGCUAAGCAUUUCAACUCCCGUAGUUUCCUUGAAGCUAGCCAUUGCGGGUGAUUGGUGAAAGACAAAACGCGCAGCGAGUCUUGAAACAACCGAACUUGCCGCCACAAUUCAGAUUUUGAAAUUUUACAGAGUCUUUUAGCAUGAUUCCACGAAGGCUUCACAGCGCCAAAAAGGCCACCAACCUCUUGAGGUAGAAUUCCUUUGCGAAUGCAGAAGGCGUAGCACCUUGCCCGGCAGGCAGCGUCGACGAUGUGGGCAAUUAAACCAUCGGUGAGUGAUGACGAAGAGCGCACACAAAAGAAAGGGCCCAAUGUACUAGAAAUGUACUUCAGCAGAACAGACUGUUGGGCUAGUUGGUUAUCCAUGAACUCUGAAAGAAUAAGCGCUAAAAUUGACGAGCACACAAAGAGGAG